GGGGGGGGGGGGGGGGGGGGGCAGCUGUGACCAUCCUCCGACCUUCUUCUUACACCGACGGCACUCCAGGUACUCGGUGGCCAUGAGAUACCAGCCGUCGACGUCCAGGACCCUCCGGAUGGUCCUGUACAACCCAGCCUUUGUCACGGACCCGGUGCACAACGGCUGGGGGGCACGUCAGCUGCAGACGCCAGAUCCUGCGCGGCAUCCACAGGAACAGCCGACAUGCGAGGGGGGAGGCUGGUUGUAGAUCGGCCAGAGGUUCAGGUGGUAACGGCGGUGGUGAGGAGGAGGGAGCUGGUGACUCUGCAGGCUGGACCGUGACGAGGGCCGCCGGAGGUUGCAGAGGGGGGUCUCGCUCCUGCGAGACUACAAGGGCCCGUCUUCUCCCGCGCCUCCUCAAACGACUGCCUCCACAGAGUCCGGGUCGCUGAGGAGCAGCAGUGAAGACGUCCUAUGUUUCGGUGGCGAGCACGCUGACCCAGCGUCUUCACCAUCAUGACCGGGAGAUCAAAUCAAUCUCGGAUCCUCUGCCGAGUUUCUGUCUUCUGAAUCUCUUCAGGGCAAAACGAGACGUCACAACAGUAAGAGAUUCUCUGCGAUUCUCCUCUGACCACACCCAGCUGUGAUGUCACAGCGACCUGCAGUACACCUGUACGUCGCUGCAGCAAGGUGAACUCUGGAGGUCAGCGGGAGGUUCAGGAUUGGAGGAGGGGGUCUUGUGGGAGUGUGUUCUGUUUUUAGCCUGGCUCGGGUCUCGCCAGCUCCGGUUUAGCACGCAGAAUGUGAGCAGAUGAUAUUCUAUAUGAACGGCGUGUUGCGGUGGAGAGAGACUAAAUGCAGCCUGAAACAGAUCUGAGGAAGACGUUCAUGUUUCGCCGCCACAGCCUCAGAAACCAGUUGUUCUUGUGGGAUUAAAAAGUGAACGGUCCAAUUCUGAGCAGCAGAGGUGGAGCUGACCUACAUCCCAUGAUGCACCUGGAUAGUGUCUUCAUUAGAGCCUCCCUGCAGGUAAAACACCUGAUGGCGUGUUCGUGUGGCGGCGGACCGUCAGAUCUGAAAGCUGUAUUAAAUUCCAGAUUUAGCGUGACGACCCCCAACUGCUGUGUUUUGAAAGUGAAGAACGUUCGAUCAGAUUAGACGUCACGUUUGUUUUUAAGCCGCUUCCUCUGAAGGUUCCCAUGGCAGCAGACACACGAGCUGCACGCUGUUUACGUGCUACGAUGCUAAUGUCGAUCUGUGAUCCCACGCUUCUGUUCGCCGGUCAGCUUCUCGGCCGUCUUUCAGGUCAAAGUUCAAAGAGUCGCGGCCUAGAGUGCAGGCUCCUUUAUUAUUACACAGCUGGGCAACACAGAACGCGUGUAGUCUCUUCAUGCUGCGCAGAACCGACCACAGAAUGAAAUGCUUUAAAAUCUGGGAACAUUUAAAGUAAAUAAAACCAAAGACGUCGUUUAUACACGUAAAAACAGACGUGUCCACCCAGAACAGCAGCAAGAUGAUGAUCUGGUUUCACAUUCAAAGAGUCCAUCUUGAGUUUGAGCACCCGGCAUCAGUCCGCUACUCUGUUUCUGUCAGAGGGAACACGAGUUUGACGUUGGACGUAAAUGCUGGAACCGUCCAACGCGUUCAGACUCGCUCAUGCCUGUAGAGCCAGCAGCCGGUUAGCCUAGCUUAGCAUAAAGACUGGAAACAGGGGGAAACAGCUAGCCAGGCUCUGUCCAAAGACAUAGUCCAACACGUCAUUUUGUUCAAGCGGCGGCACUUUGUUAAUGUGAAAAACAACAGAAUCGAGAAGUCUGACGGGACCUGAACGCAGCACGGCGAGCAGACUGACCUGUGACAGGUGGAGCUGCUUACACUCUGUGUGUGUGUGUGUGUGUGUGUGUGUUCAGUGUUUUUCCAGCCUCCCUCUCUGAACAGCUGACGGCAGAAGAAGAAGGCCAGCUGAUCUAUUUAUAGCAGAGUCCCUCAGAGUCUCAGACCUGCUCUGUCACAGUCCUGCAGCGCUGCACGCCGUUUCGCCAGCAGCACCUCCAACACGCCGUCAUGCCCGGCAGCCAGGCCCGGUGCCGGGCCAGAGACCGGAACAACGUCCUGAACCGGCCUGAGUUUCUGUCCCUGAACCAGCCCCCCCGCAGGGAGCAGGCGGCGGGGGAGGGGCGGGGGGGUGGCGGUCCAAGGAGGGCCUCCUUAAGACAGCAGAGUCAGCAGGAGGACGCAGGACUGAGGGGGUCGAGGGACUCCUCAGAGGGGGGCUCAGCAGCCGAUGGGGGGGUGAAGGAGGACUGUAUGCAGCUGAAUCCUUCGUUUCGAGGCAUCGCCAUCAACUCUCUGCUGGCCAUCGACAUCAGCCUGUCCAAGCGUCUGGGCGUGUGCGUGGGGACCCGCGGCUCCGGGGCCCCGCUGCGCUCUAUGGUGACCCUGCUGGCCCUCACAGGACACGCCCUCCCCUGGCUCUUUGGGACUCUGAUCUGCCUGUGGAGGAGCAACACGCUGGCUGGACAGGAAGUCCUCGUAAACCUGCUGCUGGCUCUGAUCCUGGACCUGAUGACGGUCGCCGGGAUGCAGAAGUUGGUCAAACGCCGCGGACCGUGGGAUUUCCCUCCUGGGAUUUUGGACUACGUUGCCAUGGAUACAUAUUCUUUCCCAGCAGCCCACGCCAGCCGAGCCGUCAUGGUCUCCAAGUUCCUACUGAACCACCUGGUGCUGGCGGUGCCCCUGAGGAUCCUGCUCUACCUGUGGGCCUUCCUGGCGGGCGUGUCCCGGGUGCUGCUGGGUAAACAUCACGUGUCAGACGUCAGCUGUGGAUUCGCUCUCGGCUUCCUGCACUUCAAUCUGGUGGAGUCCGUCUGGCUGGACUCAGCCACCUGCCAGACCCUGAUCUCCAUCGGCACGCUGCGCUGGACUCCUCUGGUUUAAGACCGGUCUGAACUGGUUCAGCUGGUGUAAAACCAGCCUGUCCGGACUCUGUCCACCGGCUGCUCACCUGUAAUGGCACACACUGGACUUGUUUUUAAAAACUGGUUUGAUGUAAAACUGCAGAUCUAUUUUGACAAAAUAAACUGUUCUAGUCCAGUUUGGACCGAUUUCAUACGGCUCUGGUCCAGUUUGGACUGGUCCUGCUGUCUCUGUUACCGCUCAACUUUAUUGGUGUUACUGGUCACUUCAGCCUGCUCCAGUCAGUCAGAGUGUUAGCAUUAGCCGCUAACAGUUUCACGCUGCGUCCAUGUUUACGGGCGGCUGAGUGGACGAUGUAGAAACCUGCUGAGGGAGUCCGAACAGCUGUGUUCAGGGCUGAUGCUAACGGUCGUCCAUUGAAGAAUAAAAGCCUCAGUGUGUCAGUUACUGACAGAGAACGCUGACGUCGUAGAGUAGUCUGUUCCUCCAGGACCUUUUUUGUGAUGUUGCAGCAGCUUUUCUAAAAUAUUGCGAUGAAAGUUUCGAUGUUUUGGGGCGUUUGGCUGUGAUGAAAUUGUGGUAAUAAGUGAAAACUGUUCUGCAGAAAAGGUUCUUUGGUGAAUAAGAUCUGGAUCUCGGUCUGUUGUUGGUAUCACGUGUCUCAAUUCUUUGCAGGAAACUGUGAUGAUAACUCAAGUUUGCAGGAACGUUGCUGUGAUUGAUCCAGACUGCGCUGAAUUCACAGGAAUUUGCUGAAUUAGUGAUAGUUGCGAUCAGCGCCGUCAUUUGACGUAGUUAGAGAACGUCAGACUGCUUCAGUUUGGAUUUCUAGCUUCCCCCUCCGGCGCUCUAGAUGUCGCUCAACUCGCAGAAUAGGAAGGUUAAAAUCAAGUUAAAGCCAGACUUUGUUUGAACCUUCCUUUGACCUGAAUGACUGAGAACCUUCACAGACAUCUGGCUACGUUUCCAACAGUGGAAAUGGCGUCCUAAAAUAUGGACGUCAUGAAUACAUUUUAAAUUAGUUUCGAAUAUUCAGCAAAGUCAGAAGUGCCUUUGCUCAAACUGCUGAGAAGAGAGAGCAGACGACCUCUGAGGGAGGAGUUUUGUCACCUAACGCUAUGAUUUGACCAUUAGCCUACAGCUAACGGCUGACAUGAAAGGCUAGCAGGCGGAGCUCAUGUUGUAAUACUGAGGGGCGGGCAGGAGGAACUGCGUGAACGUUAAGCCUCAUUUGAAGCAAACUGAAACUUUAUGCAGCAGUGCUAACUCAGCUAGCGUUAGCGUUGUUGUGAUACGGAAGCCUGAACUUCCUGCUGUUUGCCAAGAUGGCGAUGGCCGGCUCCGCCCACCUAGAGCUUUAAGGCAGCUGUUCAUAAACCUACAGGUGACGUCGCAGACGUCCAGGUUGUUAUACAGUCUGAUCGUACCUGAGAGAAAUGGUCGAACGCAGGAAUUAAUUUGCUUGGUGAGUAACUUUGAUUUGCAGCUAGCUAGUGUAGCGCUCGUGUGCAAUGCAUCCUGGGACAUGUAGGCACUGCUCUCUGUCAAUAUAGUGCGCAUUGAGGAAUUUAUUGCUUUAAUGGACUACAUGUACCAUCAGCCCGUGUGUGCGGUUUGUGUCUCAGGGGUUUUUAGGUUCCUCACUGAGCACUUUGCUCUCAGACUAACUGUAAAUUAAAGAAAAACUACGAGAUGUUUGACAUUUUUUCAUCAGCGAAUAAAAACUAACGAUGUGAGAACAGA